UUUUCUUGGACAUUACAUUUCCAGGAAAGCCCCAAUCUUUGAAUCUCAGGCCUUCCUCCUUCAAAUUUCAACACAAAUCCGAAAUCCUUAUUAUUUUACUCUUUAUGAUUUUGUACAGAGAUUUCUUUACAAAUUUCGACCGGAUCUCACAGAGGCAAUCUCAAUACCCUAACCCUAGCUUCGUCCCCAUUUCCCCCUCUGCACAAACAGAGAUUUGAUCGGGAAAAUCAGGUAAAAUUAGGGUUUUUAUACAUUUUUCCAUCUUCGCAGCCACUGAAUUUUCUGUGCAUUAAAGAUUCCAUCUUUAUGGAUCCACCAUUUUUUUUGCUGUAAGUAUAGUUACUGUAUAAUCUGAGCAUUUCCGUGGAGCAAUAUUUUGGGAUCGGAUACAAAAUGCGAUCCGAAACCCUAACCCUAGCUCCAGCUCUCAAUUUUUUCCCAAAUCUCAAACCCCCACACAAAACCCUAGCUUUCCACCAAAUUUCAGUCCUAAUCAUCACCUUCCUCGCCUAUGCUUCCUUCCAUGCCUCCAGAAAGCCCCCAAGCAUUGUCAAGAGCGUGCUUGGGCCCACAGUUCAGGCCAAUUCGAGCUCCGUCGACACGGGGUGGGCUCCCUUUGAUGGUCCCCGGGGCACCCACCGGCUAGGAGAGCUUGAUCUUGCGUUUCUUUCCGCGUAUUCGAUUGGAAUGUACUUUGCAGGGCAUGUCGGUGAUCGGAUUGAUUUGAGGUUGUUUCUUGUGUUUGGGAUGAUGUGUAGUGGCAUUUUAACGAUAUUUUUCGGGUUAGGAUAUUGGUUUGAUGUUCAUGUAUUGGGGUACUUUAUGGCGGUUCAACUUCUUUGUGGAUUGGUUCAGUCGAUUGGGUGGCCCUGUGUGGUGGCUAUUGUGGGAAACUGGUUUGAGAAAGGGAAGAGGGGGUUGAUCAUGGGGGUCUGGAGCUCACAUACCUCGGUUGGAAACAUCAUUGGGUCGGUUGUGGCAUCCGGGGUCUUGGAAUUCGGAUGGGGUUGGUCCUUUGUGGUGCCUGGGGUGUUGGUGAUUUUGGUUGGGAUUGUGGUGUUUUUGUUUCUUCCUGUGUGUCCAGAAGACUUGGGGUUUGAGUCUCUGGUGAAGGAGAUUCAGAUGAAUGUGGAAGUUAAUGGCGUGGAGAAUUUGGAGGGGAAGGUAGAAUCAGAGGAAGCUGGGCUUCUUCGAUCAGAGACUGCAGAUUUUGGAACAGAGAAUGCAGAUGGCGAUGCAGACACAGGUUCUUUGGCUGCAGUUGGGUUUCUAGAGGCAUGGAGGUUACCGGGUGUGGCACCAUUUGCUUUCUGCCUCUUCUUUUCGAAGCUUGUGUCUUACACUUUCCUUUACUGGUUGCCCUUUUACAUAAGGCACACAGCUGUUGCCGGCAUGCAUUUGUCACACAAAACUGCCGGGAACCUUUCAGCCAUAUUCGAUAUUGGAGGAGUCUUUGGUGGAAUUUUAGCAGGAUUGAUAUCUGAUAUGAUCGAAGCUAGAGCUGUAACCUCAAUCGCGUUUUUGUUACUUUCGGUUCCAGCCCUUGUUCUCUACCGGCUUUAUGGAAGCCUAUCGAUGGUUGCCAACAUUGUUUUGAUGUUUCUUUCGGGAUUGCUGGUGAAUGGCCCGUACUCACUCAUCACAACAGCCGUUGCUGCUGAUCUUGGUACGCAGACCACGAUCAAAGGAAAUUCCCGAGCAUUAGCCACUGUAACUGCAAUCAUAGACGGAACAGGUUCUGUUGGGGCAGCUCUUGGCCCGCUUUUGGCCGGGUAUAUCUCCACGACGGGGUGGAACAACGUGUUUGUCAUGCUGAUUCUUGCUAUUUUCUCUGCAACUUUGUUUUUGAUUCGGAUUGCGAGAACCGAGAUUAAGGGGAAAUUGAAUGAGGGAAAAUGGUCUUUGUAUAGCCGCAUAGGAGGCACAUAGUGAUUGAGAUUUUCUAAUUUCUUGUCAUACCACAAAAGUAAGUAGAUUUUAGGCAGAUCCAUUUCUCUACGUUUUUUGUAUCUCAUUGUUUUGUUCUACAUUCAUUAUUCUUUUUUUUUUUUUUGUCUAACGAUAAAUUUU